UUCUGGUCAUUAGUAAAAAAAUAUGGGGAGAUGUACACACAUUAUGGCAGUGACCCUUUAAAUGUGGUUACGCUGCACUUGUGAGAAAGUGAUGUAUCCAAGGCAGGAUACUGACACUUCCUGGUCAAAGAACAGCCGCAGUUCUGUGUGGCCGACGCAGACAAUACAAAUGUAAUUGGGUUCUAUGGUGUGUUGGCGACACCUACUGUUCAACCUGUGUACUGCCGUGCGUGCUUACAGCAUGCUGUGUUCACGUGAUCAAUUAACGGAAAUUGGAGCUACCGACAACCGCCAAAGACGGGAGAAAAGUGCUCGUCAGAAUAACGCGACAUCAGAAGACUGUUGUCAGCAGAGCUGUCAGGCGGCUUUAACAGCGGUAGAGACGUCAGAUGAAUUUGUGCACAGCUCUUUUAAUGUCGCCCAACACACAGACCUCCAGUGGUGUGCAUUGAUAAACCUGUGAUCAGUCACCACUGUGAUAAAAACAAACUAUUUUUGUCUUUUAAAUAAUGCAGUUUGAAGUGUCAUCAGCUCAGACACGUGCAUGUAUAAAGUUAGAGUGAAUAGGCCCACACUUGGACUUAGACUGUGAUUAACUUGAUUUACAUGUGGGUUAAAAGAUGGAUAAAGGUAUUAUUUCCUUUGCAGUUAUUAUUUUGCAUUAUUUCAGCUGCUGUCAGUGUCCUGCAUCAUAACCAAUCAUGUCCUCUUCCCAAACACUGACCUCUGGAGAAACUUUAACAGCUGGAUCUGGAUUUUGUGAGCUGGCAUGGUAAAGUUCAAACUGUCUGUCUGUUGCCUGUUUGGCAGUCUGUUUUGAUUGUUUUUGUUGCAUUCUGUGAAAAUUCCAAAUACAGAAUUACUCACAUUCAAUGUGACAGUCACAAAGUGCUUUACAAUGAGAGACAACAUUCAAAUACGAGGCAGAGUAGCAUACAUGACUUGCAGACAUUGACGAUACAUUAAAAUGUUAAAAGAGCAAAAGUCAACAUGAUAAUAAACACUUAACAAGAAAGUCCAAGCAAGUUAAUCUUGAUCAGCUUGUUAAAGGUUCCAUUUUGUAGAACAGACUCUCUAUUUUGAAACAUUUCAAGGCCUACACAAGAUGUGUAACUGAAUAUUGUUUGCAUAGCUGAUCUACAGAUACCUGCCUACUGCCUGGGAUUAUCACCCACACUGCAGUGGUCCACAGAAUCAAAAGCAGCAGUGAGAUCAUUUGAGACUCUGACAUCUCGACCAUGUGCAUGUGGACGUUAUUCAGUGGAGCGGCAGGAUCCAUCUGAGCCCUGCCCUUCUCCUUCACCUCCUCCAGUGUCCGUGGAAGCCUCUGCGCUGUAGUCCACUGCCAGGAUUUGGAACAUGUCGUGAAAAGUCCAGCAAUCACACAACCGAGCAGCAAUUUGAUUGUUAAGGUACUGAAGAACAAAUAAAUCAACAGACAGGACUGGAAGGACAAGAUGAGACAGGCCAUCAGGCCAACAGUCUUCAUACACAUGGUUAAGUAAAAUUACCCCACACAUUUUAAAUGCUUCCUCUACUUAUGGUUUGAGAAAUCUGAAUUUGCUUUGUUGCUGUUGUUUGGGUAUUUUUACGAAUUUGUAUUAAUAUUCCUAUAGUCCUGGUUCUGGACUUUUAGUCAGACUUACGUGUACUUUCCACUUGAAAUGCACUCUGUACGAAAUUGGCACCACCACGGUACUGCACUCUUCAACACAGAUAUUGAUAUUAACAGAGAUAGCGCGCGCGGUUUGGGGGGUGGGAUUGGUGUGUGUGUGUGUGUGUGUGUGUGUGUGUGUGUGUGUGUGCGCGGGGGCGCUGACUCUCACGGUCAGCUGCCUCUUCAUUCAUCUUUCCGCCGUCCACAAGCAGCACCGCGUGCCAUGGCGCCCCACCGGUACAUCGCGGGCAGGUCCUCCGCCGUUCAGACCGAGGCAGCCGCCGGAGCCGCACCGCCGGCCCCCUUCUACGGGGAACCACAGAAGUUUGAUAAAUUCUUCAGAGGUCCAGUCCGUAAAAGAAGCUGCACUGACGUCUUAUGUUGUUUGAUCUUCAUCACUGUCAUCCUCUUAUAUGUGGCACUGGGAAUAGUAGCCUGGUUACAUGGAGACUCCAAGAAAGUGCUCUAUCCAACAGACAGCUAUGGCCAGUUCUGUGGUCAGAAGGGAACUUCCAAUGUGAAGAAACCCAUCCUAUUCUAUUUCAACAUCCUGAAAUGUACCAACCCGGCUGUACUCAUCAACCUGCAGUGCCCCACAACUCAGAUGUGUGUGGCAAAGUGUCCGGACAAGUUUGCCACCUACGCUGACAUGCAGCUGCAACACAAACUCAACAAGAGCCACUGGGAAUAUUACAGACAGUUCUGUAAGCCUGACUUUAAUAACCUUGACAAGCCACUAUCUCAGGUUCUACGAGAUGAGGACUGUCCCUCCAUGAUUGUGCCCAGUAGACCAUUUUUUCAGAGAUGUCUACCAGACUUCAUCACUCUGAAUGGGACUGUGACUACAGCUAACAGAACCAGAUUUAAAGAUGCUCUAGAAAUGGCACACAACGAUACUGAACUCCAACUUCCUGCAAAGGAUGUGACAGAACUUGUGGACACUAAGCAACUGGGCAUGAAAAUAGUGGAAGAUUAUGCCAAAUCAUGGACCUGGAUACUCAUGGGGCUGCUGUUAUCGCUGGCUGUUAGUCUGGUCUUCAUCCUGCUGUUGAGGUUCACAGCUGGGUUGCUGCUGUGGACUACCAUCAUCACUGUCAUACUGCUGCUGGCAUAUGGUAUGUGGUACUGCUCCAUGAAGUUGUCCCAGCUCAGACACAAGCCAGGCUCUGACGUCACCAUUGUAGAAGUCAGCUUGCAGACUGACCUGCAGGUCUAUUUACAACUCACACAGACAUGGAUCAUAUUUUUGGUGUCUCUGGGAGUGACAGAAGUUUCCAUCCUGCUGAUGUUGAUCUUCUUAAGGAGAAGAGUCCGAGUGGCUAUCGCUCUGCUCAGAGAGGCCAGCAAAGCCAUCGGUCACAUGAUGUCCACGCUAUUCUUUCCAAUCGUCACAUUUCUCUUGUUGACUGUUUGCAUCUCCUACUGGCUGAUGACGGCUAUUCACCUAGCAUCCUCAGGUAAUCCCAUCUACAAAGUCGUGUCGCCUGAUGUGAGCUGCCCCUACGCAAACAGUACUUGCAAACCUGAGACCUUUAACAGAACCAACGUCUCCAAAUUAGCGCUGUGUCAGGGUUCUCAGUGUCUCUUCGCCUUCUAUGGUGGGGAGACACCCUACCACCGCUACCUCUUCCUGCUGCAGCUGUCCAACCUCCUGGUCUUCCUCUGGCUAGUCAACUUCAGCUUAGCCCUGGAGCAGUGCACCCUGGCUGGGACAUUUGCUAGUUACUACUGGGCCAAGAGGAAGCCUCAGGACAUCCCACCAUGUCCACUCUUUUCAUCAUUCAGCAGGGCCAUCAGGUAUCACACAGGGUCUUUGGCAUUCGGAGCUCUAAUUCUUUCAGUUGUCCAGCUGGUCCGGAUCAUACUGGAAUACCUGGAACAGAAACUAAAAGGUGUUGACAACAGUCUGUCCAGGUUCAUUCUGCACUGUCUGAAAUGCUGUUUCUGGUGUUUGGAGAAAUUCCUACGCUACAUGAACCAUAAUGCUUACAUCAUGGUGGCGAUCUAUGGUAAAAACUUCUGUACCUCAGCCAGAGAAGCCGUCUUCCUCAUAAUGAGGAAUGUAGUCAGGGUUGCCGUCCUGGACAGGGUGACGGACUUUCUGUUGUUUCUGGGCAAAGUGCUGAUAGCAGGAGGAGUUGGUGUGGUUGCAUUCUUCUUCUUUACCAGCAAGAUCCCUGUUAUCCAGGAGGAAGUGCCCAAUCUCAACUACUACUGGGUCCCUCUACUGACGGUGGUGAUAGGUGCCUACCUGAUUGCUCAUGGCUUCUUCAACGUCUAUGCCAUAUGUGUUGAUACACUCUUCCUCUGCUUCUGUGAUGACUUGGAGAGGAAUGAUGGUAGUUCAGAAAAACCUUUCCUCAUGUCGCCGGAACUGCACAGAAUUCUGGGAAAAUCCAGUCAGGUGCAUUGAAAUCCUGUUAUCCAGCCCACUGCAUCAGCCAUUCUUGUUAGUCUUUUUCUUCUUCUCCUGGAUCCCUUCUGAAGUGGCACCCCACCACACUAAUGCAGAAACUUACUGAAAUGACGGAUAAAGUGUUUUUAAAUAGAGCCAAUGACGAUGUGUCAGGGUCCUCAGAAUUGAGAUAAGAAGCACCCUGAAGCUCACAGUGAAGACACAAGAAGAUUCACUGUGUGAAACCCUCCGUUGUACUUUUAAUUAUACCUUGUAAUGUGUUGUAUGUUUUGAUCGAAUGUUCAGAAAAAUUCAAAGUGUGUCUAAAGCCUGGUUAUAGGUAACAGACACCGGAGGUGAAGGCUCUAAUCGCUUUCUUUUGAUGACAAGAAAGAAGUGGCAUUGAGCUUUGUGACCACCUCACAAUCUGCAGGGAGAUUUUGAAUGAGGGUAUCUAUCAAACAAACAAAACAAAACAAAAAAAAAACACACUGAUCAUCUUUUAUAAACAAUAUAAAUGAUAUAUGAUAGGGGUGUUGGAGUACAUGUAUUCGUCACACAAGGCGAACGCACAUGUACGUGGACAAAAGCACAACCGUUCUGCUCCACACACCAAUCCAGGAAGUGUCAGUGAUGUGCCUUCUAAAUGCCGUUAUACAAGAAAAGCAGCAGAGGACAGAGAGGAUGAUACUGUGAUGUGGUACGCACACAAGAGACAGCUGAGGUAGAGGACCCACCUGCCGCCUGCUUCAAAUCAGCUGUGAAGGAAAGUUUGAGAGUGUGUGGCGGAUCAGGAGGGGAGGCUGUGACAAACUGUUGUUUCACAGAUAAAUAUGAGUGGAAACACAGAUGUGUCGCUAGAGUGAGGCAAGAAAUCAAACUGUUUAUAAUCAGCCUCAGCCCUGCAUGGAAAUGAUGGUCACUGUUUACUGCUUAAUGCAUUAACAAAGAAAAUGAAGCAGCUUUAUGUUUUCAGGCUCCACACCUGUGCACAGACUUUCUCAAUGAGGUCUGAAACAGUCAGCGCAUUUACAUCAGGGCGUAACACAUUACUGCUUACUGUGGCUUUCCAAUCAGUUAGGUACACAACCUCUAUAAUCUGUAACUAUGUGUUUCCUUUUCUUUUCUUCUUUUUUCCUUUUCACUUACAUUUUUUUCUAUUCAUUUUUUUAAUAUUUCUAAUGUCUUAACUCAGUAGAACAAAGUGUAUCUGUACUGCUGUCUGUUGAAAAUAAAUGAGAAGAAACCCAG